GCGGCCAGGCGGGGAGGGGCGCUCGCACCUGCGGGGUGGCAGCUGCACUCGGCUUGCGAAGCGGCCGCGGACUGACGGCUCGGAGGAGCUCGGCGCAGGUAUCCUGGGACCCUGAUGGCAAACUUCAAGGGCCACGCUCUCCCAGGGAGCUUCUUCUUGAUAGUUGGACUGUGGUGGUCAGUGAAGUACCCACUGAAGUACUUUCACCAAAAGGGGAAGAGCAGCCGACUGACUCACCACUAUCAGCGUCUUGAGAUCAUUGAGGCCGCCAUCAGAACUUUAUUUUCAGUCGUCGGCAUGCUGGCAGAGCAGUUUGUUCCCGACGGGCCCCACCUCCACCUGUCCCACGAGGACCACUGGGUAAAGCUGAGCAACUGGCAGCACAGCACCAUGUACCUGUUCUUUGGGGUCUCGGGAGUCGUGGACGUGCUGACCUCCCUCCUCACCCACAUCCCCCUGGGGCUGGACAGACUGGUCAUGGCUGUGGCAGUUGCCAACGAAGGCUUCCUCUUGUACCACCAUGUCCACCACCGGCCACCGCUGGACCAGCACAUCCACUCCCUCCUGCUGUGCGCCGUGUUCGCAGGGGCUGUCAGCCUCACCUUGGAAGUGAUCCUCCGGGACAACAUCGUGCUGGAACUCUUCCGUACCAGCCUCGUUAUUCUUCAGGGCACCUGGUUCUGGCAGAUCGGGUUUGUGCUGUUCCCGCUUUUUGGAGCACCCGAAUGGGACCAGAAAGAUGACGCCAACAUCAUGUUCAUCACCAUGUGCUUCUGCUGGCACUACUUGGCCGCCCUCUGCACUGUGGCCAUCAGCUACUCGCUGGUUUACUGCUUCCUGACACGGGUAAAGAGGCCUGGAGACAGAGAAAUCAUUGGGAUUCAGAAGCUGAAGUCAGAUCACACCUACCAGAAGGCCCUCCUGAGCGGCUCUGAUGAGGACUAGGGGCGGCCAUCGGUCACCAACGGAGGAUGGAGUGUCCUCUGGGUGCACAGCUGGUGGUCAGUGGGGUAGCUCACUUCCUCCACUGAAACCCUCAUUGUGAUCCACUCUCAAGGGUCUGUAUAUUUGCACCUGCUCAUUUAACCAACUGAAGUCUGUGCUGUUGUGGUAUACUUUGUAGAGAAAAACAAAGCAAGCCUUUAUUUGUGUCUCAGUGUGAAGAGAACUCAGACUCUGAAAGUUUCAGAACAGGAAGCGACCUCAUGGGUGAAUUCAGGAUAUGAAUCCAGCAGAAUUUACUGCUUUUGAUAAUUUAGCCCUUUUCCCUCAAGAAGGCAGGUACUUUCUUAUCAGAAAGUGAAUGACAGAGCCCUUAUUUUAGAGAUAUAAUUCUAAUCCGUAUUUUUUAAAGUAAAAUAAUUCACGAGCUUUGGUAUUUUAAACAUUACUUGCCAAGCAUCUCCUAACUAAUCAUAAUGUUCCAGAGUACUGCAAUACCACGCACUGUUGAUAAGUGACGAAGCUGGGCCAAAGGUGAUCUUUUUGGUUAAAUCAGGAAGCCAGUGAGUGGUCCAGCUGAGAGCUGGAACCCAGAUAUUCUGACUUCUCAAAAGUACCCUAGUAAGAGGGUGCUGACAGGAAACCUCUAUAAUGAGGUAGAGAGAAAAAUGUCAGGUUAUGGAAGGCCUUGAAUUUCAACAUAGCUGAAAGCAAAAGAUAAGAAUCCUGCAAAGGAUGUGAAUCUUGAACUAGUGACAUAAAGUCUUGAUACUCGAA